AUGUCCGAUAGCAACAUUACAGUCUAUGCGGGCACACCUGAUCUGGUUGUCCCCAGUGGCGAGGUCCCAUUUAAUAGCACCAAGAGUGGAAAGACAGAGUACUUGCCCGUCACAAUCAGCCUGGGUGCAGCGCGAGGAUGCGAUCUGAUGCUGGCCAAUAUGAUCACCGAAAUGGAGGAACAAGGUACACUGGAACCAGUUGCUAAGGGUCCGAUGCUAUAUCCGUGA